AGGUGAGCGAGCGUCGCGCCGUCAAGACGUUGCUACGGUUGAAUUCGUCGUCGGUUGUCGUUACUUUCUGUUGAGCUGUGUGUGUGCUACAGUGGGCAAAAAAAUAAAGAAAUACAACAAAGUAUUUAAAGCAAGAGAAUCAAGUUUCGUACCUGGCGUCAUACUCGCAUUGUUGUCUUAUUUUUGCGUGUUCGCAUUUCGGCUACUUCUCGGGUGCGUGUUUGUAAAUGUGAAAUAAUCAUUUCGAAAAGUGUUUAAUAACUGUGCAUCUAAUUCAACAAGUCAGUUGAAAAGUUGAAGUGUAAGUCGUGCCGUGAUUUGUGCUACAUGUGCUAAAUACUUGAGAAAACAUCAUCGAAUUCUUCGCUUCGAGCUAACGGAUACAGAUACAUAACGGGCCCCAGAAAUUAGCAACGGCAACAUGUUGCUGCCGUCGCUGUUGUUGUUGCUGUUGCUGGAAGCAACUGCGGCACAGCUGCUGAAUCAUCCGCCACAUUUUGUGGCCGGCACCGGAGACAUGUCUCGAUUCAGCCUGUCGGAGCAUACUCCAGUUGGCAGUCCAGUCUAUCAGCUCAAAGGCAUCGACCCGGAGGGAGGGCGUCUCAAGUACAGCAUCUCUGGCCCAGUUUUCUCCGUGGAUCGUGAUACGGGUGUUGUGCGCUUGCGUCAGGAAUUGGAUCGGGAAACGCAAGACACCAUUGAGGUGAUUAUCAGUAUCACCGAUGACGGCAUCUAUGGCACCGAACCCAACACAGUUUCGCAGCGUCGUGAGAUUCCCGUGCGGGAUUACAACGAUAAUCAACCAACAUUUAUUGGUAGACCCUACACGGCUAGUGUUAGCGAAUCCUUGCCUGUCGGUGCGGAGUUGACAAUUGUGCCGCCAGUUUUAGUUGUCGAUCGCGAUGAGGGCAUCAACGCAGAAGUGCAGCUCAAGUGUGUGCAGGAGAACGACAUUUGCGAUAUCUUUGAAGUGCGUGCUGUCAGGUUGUCCGAUGGCAAUUAUACCGCUCGAGUUGCUUUAAAACAACUUCUCGAUUUUGAGAGUCGUCCGUCUUAUAUUAUGACCAUUGCUGCCUCAGACAGCGCCUUGGAAAAUCGUCUCACUUCCUUUGCCACCAUUUCCAUAAACGUCAUUGAUGUGCAGGAUCAAGCUCCAGUCUUUACUAAUGCUCCUUAUUCCGCAACUGUGCCGGAGAAUACGCCAGCUGGAGUUAGCAUAUUGACAGUUAAGGCAAUCGAUGGCGAUGUUGGCAUACCCAGAGAGAUCUUCUUGUCGCUGGAGGACGAACCUUUCGGACACUUUGAGCUAGUGCCGUUUGGUGAUCCCAAAGAUGGCACAGCCACGCUGAGAACCACCAAUGAGCCGCUGGAUCGUGAGAAUCCAGAGAUACUGCAGAACGGCGGCGUCUAUGUCUUCUCCAUUAGAGCUACAGAACUGAUCGAUGGCGCCAUACCUGCAGACUAUUCCAUCACCAGAGUAACCAUUGUGGUCACCGAUGUCGACGAUCAUAAGCCCGAGUUUAGUGCCUCGCACUUUAACGUUUCCAUCGCGGAGAACUUGGCCAACGGCAUGCCUUUGCCAGGACUCUCUAUUUUUGUGGAUGAUCGAGAUAUGGGCGAGAAUAGUCGCUAUCAACUUAAGCUUAAAGAUGUUAACAAUGCCGCAGGAGUCUUUGCAGUCUCCCCAGCCGAGGGACAAGGACGCACUCCAGUUGUAGUCAAGGUGCUUGAUGCCAGUCGAUUGGAUUACGAUAAUCCGGCACAGCGUAAAUUCGAGUUCGAUUUGGUAGCCAGUUCAAAGGGAGUAGAGCAGGCAAAGGCACGUGUGGAAGUUCAUUUACUGGAUGCCAAUGACAAUGCACCCAUUUUUGCACAGCAAACUUAUCGCUUUACGGCGCCGGAGAAUCUAACAGUUGAUUCUUUAAUUGGCUAUGUGAAUGCUACCGAUGCGGACUCGGCUGAGUUUGGACAUGUGCAGUAUGUGCUCAAGGGAUUUGGUGCCGAUAACUUCUAUGUGCAUCCCGAAACAGGAGGACUAUAUCUGCAGAAGCCGUUGGACUAUGAGAAGCAGAGCUCAUACAGUUUGACUGUCGUCGCUGUUGAUGGCGGUGGCCGCGAGUCGAAUGCCAAUCUCUUUGUGGAUGUGCUCGAUGUCAACGAUAAUUAUCCCAGCUUCGAGAGCGAUGAAUACAGUCGCACUAUUCGUGAGGGCGCUGCAAUCUUUGAGCCGCAGUUCUUUUUGCGCGCCCACGAUGCAGAUGGUCCCACUCAAGGCAACGGCAAGGUGAAAUACGCUUUGGUGUCAGAGAACAGCAUAGCUGGAAAUGUAUUCCGCAUUGAGCCGGAAACGGGCGAAAUCACACUGCAAAAGGCAGCUAAAUCUAUGGAUACGGAGCGUGGAGAGUACGAACUGGUGGUUUCGGCAACGGACUUUGGUAUUCCUCCUUUGACCAACACAACUCGAGUGCUUGUGCGCGUUGGCAUCUCUGGCAAUCAGCGUCCCAUCUUCAAGGGACACUUCCAGAAUGUGGAGAAUCUGCCAGUGGUUGGACCACCCAGUUACCGUGUUUCUAUACCAGAGAAUGCUGCUCCAGGUUACAAUGUGACCACAGUCUCUGCACAUGAUCCCGAUGGUUUGGACAGUUUGCUGAGAUACCGCAUCGUUGGAGCCAACGACAAUUUCCAGAUCAACGAGCUCUCCGGUUUAAUUACCGUGUCCCCUCAGGCGCGCAUUGAUCGCGACUUGAACAUGAACAGCUUUGAGAUUAUUGUGAAUGCCGUAGACUCGGGCACGCCCAUUCCAGAGACAGCCACCACCACAGUUUAUGUCAAUGUCAAGGACAUCAACGAUGAGAAACCCAAGUUCGAGCAGGCGAGCUAUGCUGCCUAUGUCUCUGAGCGCACUGUGAUUGGCGAGAGCGUCUUGAAGGUCAAGGCAAUUGACAAGGAUCUCAACUCACGCUUAGAGUACAGUCUACAGGGACCUGUGAAGGCCACAACCAAGGCGGGCGUUAGCAUUGCCAAUCGCAGCAAUUAUAAUGUGCAGGAAGCCUUCCGCAUCGACUCCCAAACGGGCGAAAUCUUCGUGAACAGCUCUUUAAGACACGAUGUUGCUGCAAUUAUCAUAUUUACGGUGGCUGUGAAGGAUCUGAAUGCCGAAGUAGAUCCAGAGGGACAAGUUGAUACCACCGAGGUCACUGUGUAUGUGCAGUCCUUUAAGGAUAAAGAUCCAGUGUUUAAAAAUCCAGGCUGGAGCAGCUCACGACCCGUGGUCAACAUCAAGAUCAAGGAGGAAAUGCCCAUUGGCAGCGCUUUGUUUAUACUUCAAGCCGAGGAUCCUGUGACACAGCAGCCAAUUACCAGCUUCGAACUGGUGGAACCCAAGGAGCUCGAGUACUUCCAGAUCGCAGAACGCACGGGUGAAGUUAUCCUAAAGAAACGUUUGGACUACGAAGCUUUGGCUGAGUCGGGAGGCGCUGAGUUUGAGCUGCAGGUGCGUGCCAACAGCGCCGAUCGUCAGCGUAGCACCAUCAGUCGGGUGAACAUCACUGUGGAGAAUGUGAACGACAACAGUCCCAUCUUCGAACAAAGCUCCUAUCACGCUACCAUCAUUGAAAACAAGGGCUACCCUGAGCGUGUAAUUCAAGUGAAAGCUCAUGACAAGGACGCCGCACUCAAUAGUCGCGAUGAACGUUUGGGUUACCACAAGGUCAUCUAUUCCCUCCAAGGAGAAUUCGCCAUGCUCUUCGAGAUUAACAAUUUGACGGGACAAAUUAUUGUCGCUCGCAAUCAGAGCAUUGAUCGCGAGCGCACUCCACACAUUCGUCUGCAAGUAAAGGCGGAGGAUUCGCCCGGCAAACCCACCGAUGCCAAGCAGAGUGUUGUCGAGCUGCUGAUCGAUGUGCUGGAUGUAAAUGACAAUGCUCCUGAAUUUACCAAGAAGAUCUACAGCACUGUGAUACCAGAGAAUGCGCUGCAAAUGGAGAAUGUGCUGCAACUAGAGGCCACCGAUGCGGACGAGGGACCGGGAGGUGAAGUUCGCUACGAGCUGGUCAACGAGGGCGAGGCUAAUGGCUUGUUUAGCAUUAAUGCCCAGAGUGGUCUGAUUUCCACACGUCGGAAUCUCACGGGCAAGGGUCGCGCUGAAGCCUAUGUGCUAAUCGUGAGAGCUCAGGACAAUGGCAACCAGGUGCCUAAGCAGCCGACGCUUUCCUCAGACGUCGAAGUGCGCAUCUUCAUUGGCGAUGUAAGUGCCAAUGAUGGAGUGCCCUACUUUGUGUUACCUCGAGUGGGACAACGAGCCAAUAUCACAGAGAAUGCUGCUGUUGGCGCACCUGUGUUCCAAGUAAUUGCUAAUGAUCCGGAUGAUGUGAACACGCCUUCAGGCACAAUAACCUAUCGCAUUCUGCCUGACACUCCAGACGCCGAAGCCUUUAGCAUCGAUUCAAUUACAGGACUGAUAACCACGAAGCAGCCUUUGGAUCGUGAAGAGAAGAGCAUGUACAAAGUGCUGCUCGAGGUUAGCGACAAUGGACAGCCGAAGCAAUCUGUCACGCGUAUCCUGAAGAUAGAAGUGCUCGACAUGGACGAUCAUGUGCCACGCUUUGCCAGGGAAAUGGACGAGGGACCAUUGGCCAUGUCCGUGCGGGAGGAAGAACCGGAAGAUACAAUUGUAGGCAACUUUACAGCCAUUGAUGAAGAUCAAGGCGAGAAUGCAGCCAUUGACUACGUCAUCAUUGAAGGCAACAACGAGCAAUUCUUCACCAUCGAACGCACCAACGAGAGCGUUGCUAUCCUGAAGACCACGCAACCCAUCGAUCGUGAACUCGUUGAGUCCUUCACACUGACCGUGAAGUGCAUGAAGCUGGGCGAGCCAGCUUACAAGUACAUUGGAGAUGCUUAUGAUCGUCAGGAUCCUUCCCAUCUGCGCAUCACAGUUAAGAUAAUCGACAUCGAUGACAAUCUGCCGCAGUUCGAGAACCCCGAUUCCACAGUGGGCAUUAGGAUUAAUGUACCCAUCGACACAGUAAUCACCACACUGCGUGCUACUGAUGCCGAUGCCGAGGCAGCUCCCAUUGCGCUUUCCAUUGAGAAUGUUACUUUUGUGCCGCAAUUCUACAAGCGGAGUCGCAAGCUGGCCACCGGAAACUUGGAAUCGCUCUUCACGCUCAACAAUCGCACCGGAGAACUGCGCACUGGCGGCUCUUUUGCUGACUACGUGGAUGGUUACUUCCUGAUGCGAGUGUGUGCCAACAACUCGGCGCUAAGCAAACGACAGACAAAGAGCAACAUCAAGGUGUUUGUCAUCCGUGACAAGUCGCUGCUGAAGUUCGUCUUCGCCCGGCCACCCAACGAGAUACAGCACAACAUUAAACCCUUCCAACAGCAGCUGCAGCAGAAACUCAAGCCCAUGGGUCUGGAGUUGCAUGUGCUGGACACUCAGGUGUUUACGCGUGCUGACAUGAGUCUGGACUUCACCUCGACCAGCUCGUGCUUCCAGAUGUUCCGCAAUGGCGCCGCUUUGUCGCUCAGCGAAAUGCAAAAGCUGAUGAACUCGAAGGAGUUGCGACACGAACUCAUCGACAUCUAUGCGGCGUAUGGAGUGAGUGAUCUGGAAUCCUGCUCCGUGCGGCGCACACACACGGCGGCUCUCUUUGGCAAUCUGCUGAUGUCCGCGGGGGCGUGGCUGGUCAUACUGGCAGCACUGAUAGGCGUGGCCGCCCUGAUAUCACUCUGCACCGCAUGCUGCCUAAAGAAAAAAUUCAAGCGACACAGCAAGCGCAGCUUGCAGGCUAGUCUGCGAACACCGACGGAACACACGCCCACCUCGUAUAGCUACUCGAUGCCCGCCGUGCUCUACUCGGAGCCCAUCUAUGGACCAUUGUAGCCUCAGCUCAUAUUCUGCACAGCCAGAUCCAGUCAAUGGCAAUGGCGCUGAAUCAAAAGUCUAUACUCUACUAUAAAAUCUAGUUAUUUAGUGCACAAGACUCAAGCAACACACGCAGUUGGCCAAAAGAGUUGUGGCCAAA